AUAAGUGGACUUCUGUAUCACUGAUUUCCCAAGCAACAAAUUUGUUCUUCGUUCUUGACGACUUAGUCGCCCUCACUGGAAAUAUUUACUUGCUACUAACAGAGGUUAUGUGGGCUUUAAAAAUGUACUACUUUAUCAAAAACAUGUCCACCGUCAAAACACUGAUGAGAAUGUUAAACCACGACUUGUUUCAACCACGAGACGCCAAUCAAGUUGUUUUGGUUCAACCAAACUUGGACUCCUGGAAGAUCAUGUACCAAAUGUUUAUGGUGACGGCUGUAGGUGGCAACUUAUUUUGGGCAGCUUUUCCCCUAUUUGGUAAAGCUAAUGGAGAAAAUGGAUUACCAUUUUUAGCUUGGUAUCCAUACGACACCAGCAUUUCACCUUUUUACGAAAUAACUUAUAUUCAUCAAAUUCUCACCUUCGCUUAUAUUGGCUUUUCACACAUCAACACUGAUACUUUCGUAUCUGCCUUAAAUAUGUAUAUUUCUAGUCAGUUUGAUAUUUUGUGUGAUAACUUAAAGAACCUUCACUUUAGUAACAACGUGAAAGCGAAUUUGGUAAAGUGCAUCAAACACCAUUGGCUGAUUCUAAGUUUUGCUGAAAAAACCAGCCAGUUCUUGGAAUCGAUCAUUCUUUUGCAGUUUUUUAUUAGUGUCAUCAUAAUGGGAAUAACACUCUUCCAGAUAACUAUUGUUGCGCCAUUUUCAGCGGAAUUUUUGUUUCUGGUAUCCUAUGAAAUGGCAGUAGUAGCUCAAAUUUUUAUAUAUUGUUGGUUCGGCAACGAAGUAGAAGUUAAGAGUAACAAUGUGUCCUUUGCAAUUUACGGAUCUAAAUGGCCCGAUUUCUCUAAAGAGAUCCAAAAGAAUAUCUGGUUUUUCAUGUUCACGUCACAGACGCCUCUUAGAUUGUCAUCACUAAAUGUGUUUUACUUAUCUUUGGAAUCAUUUAUGGCCAUUGUGAAAACUUCUUGGUCUUAUUUCGCACUACUUCAGCAAGUCAAUUCCUAAAGAGAUAAACACUUUUAUUUGUACUUGUGCUUCACCAC